AGUGGCUGACUAACAUGGCUGACUAACUACCUGCCACAGAUUCUCUUCAUGGAUAACAGAGGAAGACGACAAAGGAAACACAAAAUUAAACCUAAUUAAUCAUCAACAAAGACAUUAAACGUCAAGAAAAACCAACCCACCACCUUUGUUCCAUCACUUUGACUUCCAGUGCAUGUGGCCCUGAAGUAGUCUUAAGAGAGGAGGCUGGGAACGCAUAGGCCUACCACUAUGCACUGUAAACAGAGAGGCUGGGACUGUGGAGGUGUGGGGAGAACCAGGCCUCCUCCAGGCAGAACUAUCCCCCUGGUGCUGGGGCUCCUGGUGGCUCUGGUCCAGGGCACUGUACCUGGGGGACCGGUAGUGGAGGGCCUGGGGGAGAUGGUGUUGGUGGACCUGGAAGCAUCCAUGCACUCCUCGGUCCUCUCCGACUUGCAGGCUCCAGCCUCUGUCACAGAGGGACCUCCCACGGGUAUCCCAGAAUCCCUGCCUGUGGUCACAGAGGUGGCCCCCGCAGGCAUCCCAGACUGUUCAGCGGUGGUGGGCCACGGGUUCCAGUUGAGGAUUCCGCCCAGGGUGACGAAUGGCAGUUGUAAUGUUCAGGUAAGCACUCAUGACUAGGAUGUUACUACCAAAUAGGAUUACUAAGACGUUCCUAUUAAAUUACUAGAGGUGCUAUUGUUAUGUAGUAGGCAGUGUAGUGUUAUUGUGUUGCCUACCUGUGUGCUAUCUAGGUAACACUUCCACACUUCAUCCCCAGGUGGCAGCAGCCGGGUCCAGGGGUUGCCAAGGUUUGAUUAAAGGGAUACUUUGGGAUUUUGGCAAUGAGGCCCUAUAUCUACUUCGCCAGAGUCCGAUGAACUUGUGGAUACCAUUUUUAUGUGUCUGCGUGCAGUUUGAAGGAAGUUGCUAACUAACGCUAGCGUAAUUGCUAACUAGCGUUAGCGCAAUGACUGGAAGUCUACACACUAACGCUAGUUAGAGGGUUUCGCGAGCCAAUGCUAACUUCCUUCAUACUGGACACAGAGACAUGAAAAUGGUAUGAGGUGCUGGGGAAGUAGAUAAAAGGCCUCAUUGCCAAAAUCCCAAAGCAUCCCUUUUAAGCACAGGUUCUGCCAUUUUUUAAGGUGGUUGUCAGUCAGUGUCCCAGCUUGCAAGCCGUGAGGCUGUGGGUUUUGUUUCAUGGCCAUGAGUCCUUUCGUUAGUUUGAGUCUUUAGUUUGGGCAUGCCUUUUGUAUUUUUCCUUUUUGUACAUAUUUAUGUUUCGUCACCAUCUGAACAAAUAGUAAUCCGCUUGGACUGGCCGAACAAGGUCAAGAGAGACAGCUGGACCAGUAGCAGUGCGUAGGUAAAAUCACAGGAAGCGAAGCCAGUAAAAAUCCAUAUUACUACAUAUGUUGUGAUAAUUGUGUUGUUUGCUCUAUAACCCAUCAGUCCAUAUGCCAGUGUGAUAUAUAUAAUAAGGCAGUAACAACAGUCACACAGUCGCAGAAUAAAUUGAAUUACACAUAUGUUUGUUUCAUUAAAAACCGGAGAGCAGCAUACAGUUGAAGUCGGAAGUUUACAUACACCUUAGCCAAAUACAUUUAAACUCAGUUUUUCACAAUUCCUGACAUUUAAUCCUAGUAAAAAUUCCCUGUCUUAGGUCAGUUAGGUUCACCACUUUAUUUUAAGAAUGUGAAAUGUCAGAAUAAUUGUAGAGAGAAUGAUUUAUUUCAGCUUUUAUUUAUUUCAUCACAUUCCUAGUUGGUCAGAAGUUUACAUACACUCAAUUAGUAUUUGGUAGCAUUGCCUUUAAAUUGUUUAACUUGGGUCAAACGUUUCGGGUAGCCUUCCACAAGCUUCCCACAAUAAGUUGGGUGAAUUUUGGCCCAUUCCUCCUGACAGAGCUGGUGUAAAUUAGUCAGGUUUGUAGGCCUUCUUGCUUGCACACGCUUUUUCAGUUCUGCCCACAAAUGUUCUAUAGGAUUGAGGUCAGGGCUUUGUAAUGGCCACUCCAAUACCUUGACUUUGUUGUCCUUAAGCCAUUUUGCCACAAGUUUGGAAGUAUGCUUGGGGUCAUUGUCCAUUUGGAAGACCCAUUUGCGACCAAGCUUUAACUUCCUGACUGAUGUAUUGAGAUUUGGCUUCAAUAUAUCCACAUAAUUUUCCUUCCUCAUGAUGCCAUCUAUUUUGUGAAGUGCACCAGUCCCUCCUGCAGCAAAGCACCCCCACAGAAUGAUGCUGCCACCCCCAUGCUUCACGGUUGGGAUGGUGUUCUUCGGCUUGCAAGCCUUCCCCUUUUUCCUCCAAACAUAACGAUGGUCAUUAUGGCCAAACAGUUUUAUUUUUGAUUCAUCAGACCAGAGGAAAUUUCUCCAAAAAAUACGAUCUUUGUCCCCAUGUGCAGUUGCAAACCAUAGUCUGGCUUUUUUUAUAGGGGUUUUGUAGCAGUGGCUUCUUCCUUGCUGAGCGGCCUUUCAGGUUAUGUCAACAUAGGACUCGUUUUACUGUGGAUAUAGAUACUUUUGUACCUGUUUCCUCCAUCAUCUUCACAAGGUCCUUUACUGUUGUUCUGGGAUUGAUUUGCACUUUUCGCACCAAAGUACAUGAAUCUCUAGGAGACGGGUAAAUCUCUAGCAGAUGAGUAAAGGGAUCAAUAGAGGGUAGAGUCAGUCAGACAGUCUUGUCACUAAACCAGGUUCCUCCAGUGAGCAGAGUGAUGAGCUAGUUUCCCCACAUGAUCAGGUUUGUGUAACCACAGCGAAAGGUCACGUGUCUCAGGGGGCGGAGGCUCUCAAUGAGAGCUUUGAGGUAUCCCCAGUUUGUGAAGUUACUCAUGUUCAGAGGAGUGCUGAUUUGAAAACCAUAUAGGGAGGAGAAUAGUUGUGUGGGAACAUGGAGGAAACUUUGUUUGUCAUACUAGAAAGUGGUUUCCAGGAAAUGGUUCUCCCUAGUGAGGAAGGUGGUACUUGUGUCUCUAGCUGAGACCUGGGCAGAGAUGAGAUGUAGUGUACCCUCUGCAGGUUGAGGAUGAGGUUGAUUCAUGUGUCAAUUUAGGAGAGACGUUCUUUGUUUGUUUGAGUGACACUGAUACACUAGGUUCUGAGAAAUGAAUUGGUUUCCCCAAGUGAUCUGUUGAAGUCAGUUUGUCAGUGAGUCUUUUAUUCCUUUAGCUGACAUGUUCUUUGCCACAGUAGAGGUUUUUUGGGUGUCAGGUUUUGAUUUAGCUGACACUUCACUCAGUGAGCUAUGGGAGGGAGGAGAUUCUUCCCAGUCAUGUUGCGAGAUUAGUGAGGAUUCACAGGAAGACCGGGUCUGGGGUUUUCGGGGUGACAAGGCGGUGUCUUGUGAUGAGGAUCAGGAGCUUGAAGAAGUGAGUUUGGCGGGAAAGCCAGAUCCACCGGAUUUGUCACUUCUUUUAAAAAGUUUUAUUUUAUUUAUUGUCUCAUUGAUGCAACUCCCCAACGUGCUCGGGAGGUGAAAGUCGAGUCAUGCGUCCUCCGAAACAUGACCCGCCAAACCAUGCUACUUAACACCCGCCUGCUCAACCCGGAAGCCAGCUGCACCAAUAUGUCGGAGGAAACACUGUUUAACGGACAACCAAGGUCAGCCUGCAGGCACCCGGCCUGCCACAAGGAGUCGCUAGAGCAAUGAGCCAAGUAAAGCCCCCCUGGCCUAACCCGGACGACGCUGGGCCAAUUGUGUGAUACAGCCCGGGAUCGAACCCGGAUCUGUAGUGAUGCCUCUAGCACUGCGAUACAGUGCCUUAGACCGCUGCGCCAUUCGGGAGGCCCUCGGUUUUGUCGCUUCUGGUUGUUGAGUGUGUCUCCAGUUAAGGUGGAGGAAAGUGAGGAGGAUAUGGCUAACGGGUCCGUUUCAGUGAGUGCUCAAAGCUAAACAUGGAUGGUGUGCCUAGUGAGUUGGCUGAAGUUGUGGUCAAUGUUCACUGGUGGUGGUUGCUCCACGUCUUUUAUCGCUGGCUCCAUAUCAGAUGGAGCUUGUUGCUUGUGACCAUGGUCCUGGUGAAUGGAGUUGGUCUCUCAGUUUAGAACCAGAGCGGUCACAGGUUGUCCUAUGGUUUGUUCAAGUCAGAGACUUUUGUCAGGAAAAAUAUUACCUGAGUGCAGAGCUGUGAUUUUGAUGGUUUUGUUUUGACUGGGUUCUGGAUUUGAGAAUGGCUUUCUCUCAGAGUUUAGGGUUUUUGUAGUCCGGUUGUGUAACUGCAGCUCUAGGAUUUUAUAGUGUACAUAUUUUGUCUCUUCAGUUAAAGAUGUUUUAUGGAAUAAUAUAUAUAUAUAUAUAUAUAUUACACACACUCAGUUGAAGUCGGAAGUUUACAUACACCUUAGCCAAAUACAUUUAAACUCAGUUUUUCACAAUUCCUGACAUUUAAUCCUAGUAAAAAUUCCCAGUCUUAGUUCAGUUAGGAUCACCACUUUAUUUUAAGAAUGUGAAAUGUCAGAAUAAUUGUAGAGAGAAUGAUUUAUUUCAGCUUUUAUUUAUUUCAUCACAUUCCUAGUUGGUCAGAAGUUUACAUACACUCAAUUAGUAUUUGGUAGCAUUGCCUUUAAAUUGUUUAACUUGGGUCAAACGUUUCGGGUAGCCUUCCACAAGCUUCCCACAAUAAGUUGGGUGAAUUUUGGCCCAUUCCUCCUGACAGAGCUGGUGUAACUGAGUCAGGUUUGUAGGCCUUCUUGCUCGCACAUGCUUUUUCAGUUCUGCCCACAAAUGUUCUAUAGGAUUGAGGUCAGGGCUUUGUAAUGGCCACUCCAAUACCUUGACUUUGUUGUCCUUAAGCCAUUUUGCCACAACUUUGGAAGUAUGCUUGGGGUCAUUGUCCAUUUGGAAGACCCAUUUGCGACCAAGCUUUAACUUCCUGACUGAUGUCUUGAGAUGUUGCUUCAAUAUAUCCACAUAAUUUUCCUUCCUCAUGAUGCCAUCUAUUUUGUGAAGUACACCAGUCCCUUCUGCAGCAAAGCACCCCCACAGCAUGAUGCUGCCAACCCUGUGCUUCAUGGUUGGGAUGGUGUUCUUCGGCUUGCAAGCAACCCCCUUUUUCCUCCAAACAUAACGAUGGUCAUUAUGACCAAACAGUUCUAUUUUUGUUUCAUCAGACCAGAGGACAUUUCUCCAAAAAGUAUGAUCUUUGUCCCCAUGUGCAGUUGCAAACCGUAGUCUGGCUUUUUAUGGCGGUUUUGGAGCAGUGGCUUCUUCCUUGCUGAGUGGCCUUUCAGGUUAUGUCGAUAUAGGACUCGUUUAACUGUGGAUAUAGAUAAUUUUGUACCUGUUUCCUCCAGCAUCUUCACAAGGUCCUUUGCUGUUGUUCUGGGAUUGAUUUGCACUUUUCAUUCCUCUCUAGGAGACAGAACGCGUCUCCUUCCUGAGCGGUAGGACGGCUGCGUGGUCCCAUGGUAUUUAUACUUGCGUACUAUUGUUUGUACAGAUGAACGUGGUACAUUCAGGCGUUUGGAAAUUGCUCCCAAGGAUGAACCAGACUUGUGGAGGUCUACCAUUUUCUUUCUGAGGUCUUGGCUGAUUUCUUUUGAUUUUCCCAUGAUGUCAAGCAAAGAGGCACUGAGUUUGAAGGUAGGCCUUGAAAUACAUCCACAGGUACACCUCCAAUUGACUCAAAUGAUGUUAAUUAGCCUAUCAGAAGCUUCUAAAGCCAUGACAUCAUUUUCUGGAAUUUUCCAAGCUGUUUAAAGGCACAGUCAACUUAGUGUAUAUAAACUUCUGACCCACUGCAAUUGUGAUACAGUGAAUUAUAAGUGAAAUAAUCUGUCUGUAAAGUUAUAUUGGAUAGAUCUAUUCAAUGGCACGAUCUCAUCAGUGUGUUACUUAACACACACAUUCCAAUAAAUCAUAUAUAAAAAAAGCUUUGUCUACAGAUGAAUUCAGGACAUCAUACAUAUAUAUAUAUAUAUAUAUACACACACACACAUACAUUCAUACAUAAAAAUAAACAUAUCUUUAGCUUACACAGAUUUUUGUAUUAUGCACGGGUGCGUUAACCGACUCUUAAGGAUUAACAGGCUAUAUUUUGUUAUGAUACGGAUUGAAAAAUAAUUGCAUUCCAAAAGAGAUCGACCUGGCUACAGUAGGCUAGCCAAGACAAAUGCUAAAGUGUCUUUUUUUUGUAGCUUUCUUUUUGCAGACUAUCAACAGUAGGCAGCAUAUUGCUAGUAUAUUAACUAUUGAAGGUUUACUAUUGUAAAGCACUUUCCCUAAAAUAAAUAAGCUCAGUGAGUAGAUUGAUGGGCACUUAUUAUUGUUCAGGACAGCUCGAAUGUGCUGUGUGAACGUGUUUCAACUUCUGUACUGCUCGAGAAGUUGUGACUCGCGGGAGCGUGGUGGUGCUUGAAUGACCGUCCUAUAUCUCAAAUACAAAUGGCACGACUUUUCCGUGUUUUUCAAUGGUAGACCACGACAGGGCAGGUAAAUGUUGAACUGGAAUGCAAAAAUGCGCUGAGAAUUUACUGGCCCUCUACCUCAUUUCCGUAAUCGUUUGUGCCCAACUGCUUGAUCACAAUACCGUACUUAUUCCAAUCUUCCUGUUUAUGCUGAAAUAUGUAUGAGGAGUUUACCUUGCACAUAAGAGCCAGCUCUCAAAAUCUCUUUGGAAUUGGGAACAGCUAUUACAGCAGAACAGAAAAUGGAGAGAACAAGUACUUUUUGGGAAGCAUUGUACUAAAUAAGCUUAACUUUACUUAGCCACAACCACUUGAUUAUCUUCUAUUUCCUAUACCCCCUUCUACUUCCCCCAGCUCCUAUGGCUAUUUUGAACCUUACUGCAAAUAUUUCUAUUUGACAAUAAACAUACUCUUGGCCGGAUCAUUCUGUUGUAGCAAUUUGUUUCAGCCGUAGGCUUCUCAAUAACUAGCCAAAGAUAUUCAUAUUUGCAAUGCUAUACAUAAUAUUAUGUCUCUGUGGGGUUUUUUCUCACUCUAUCACUGCUGAUUGAGGUUGUCUGUGGUGGAAUUUGUUCAAACAAGGAGUUUAUGAAUGGGAUUAGAUUAAUAUUGGCUCCUUGUAUUAUUGGGAAUGAUAUCGUGUCACAUCGUAAUGUCUCAAAAUGAAUGGGUGACGACUUGGGCGGCUGUCAUUUUGUGAAUAGGUGCUAACUGUGAGCCGAGCUUCCUGCUCACUUCAACAAGGGUCAGUAGAGACAGCAAUACACAGAUUAAAUGAGUGAAUGGAAAACGUGAGACUGGGUUUUCCAUAUUAUAAACCCUUUCAUAAUAAUACCCUUAAGAUUACUGUAUAGUUGGGUAGGUUUUUAUUGGCAGAAUCUGCCUCUUGUUUGAAACACCGUCUCUUUUAAGAAUUUGAUCUAUGCGCCAUAACUUUCCCCUAUCUCUAAACCUUUCUUCUCUCCUAUUGCAGUUAACUGAGGUGGGAAAGGACAGCUUGCCCUCCUGGCUGCACUGGGACACCGGGAGCUGCAUCCUACAAGGCCUGGCCCUGGAGCAGGACAAAGGUGUCCACCAUAUCUCCCGCUCAGAGAUAAACAGUGGCCAUGGCCUGGAGGCCUUCUCUAUUGAGGUGCACCCAGAAGAGCGAGCCGACACUGAACCGGCCCUGUUGGCCCUCCAGGCUGAGAGCAACAACCUCCAGCCCUUCACCUGCGGCAACGAGGAGCCCGUCACUGUCCUCACCAUAAUCCUGGAUGCCGACCUCACCAAGAUGGACGCCCAGCAGAGGGUGGGCCUGCUGGCCAGCAUGAAGAAGUUUUCCGGUGUCCCUCUGGAGCACAUGAGGGUGGUCCCCGUCGUCAACAACCGCCUGUUUGACAUGUCCGCCUUCAUGGCCGGGCCCGGAAAUGCCAAGAAGGUGGUGGAGAAUGGGGCCCUGUUGUCAUGGAAGCUUGGCUGCGCCCUCGACCAGUCCAACAUUCCGAAUAUCAACAGCGUCCAAUCGCCUGCCAAGGACGGGUCCAUGUCGUCCAAAUUAGGCUACCCAGUGGUGGGCUGGCACAUCGUCAACAAGAAGCCCCACUUGGUGAAACGGGUCAGGAGGCAGCUGGGAAACACCCCCACCCCUGUGCCCUCCCUGCUCCCCCCAACCACUCACCCCGAGCCCCCUACUCGCAUCGUUCCCACCCCCACAUCCCCUUUCAUCUCCCUAGCCACUGACAGCUCUGUCCCCCCUGUCCGUGGCCCCUUGCCCUUGCCGGUGAAGCCCACGAUCAGGCUAAGAGAUCAGAUUGCCCACACUCCUACUAUAGGGGUUCCUCAGCCCACUAGGAUCCUGGGCACCACCAGUACCAUCCCCAUACAGCCUACUAUUACCCGGCCUGCUAUUCCAGAGGCUACUGCUCUGCCCACCCCACCAAGCACCACUAGAAGGCCCAAGACCUCCACCACCAAGAAAACCAAGAAGCCCAAGACCUCCACUCCAGUGCCUAGGGAACCUAAGACCACGACUAAGCCACCCAGACGCACCAGCCAUCUGUCUCCGGUUCCUGACUACAACAACGAGAAGCCCCAGCUACGCAACCCCAUCGACGAGGUGAACGCCUGGGUCGGGACCUACUUUGAGGUGAAGGUUCCUCCUGAUACCUUCUUCGACAAAGAGGAUGGCACCACGGACAAGCUGCGUCUGACUCUGAGGAAGAACCACAACGAGGUGGUGAGCGAGACCUCCUGGAUCCAGUUCAACAGCACCAUCCAGCUCCUGUACGGUCUCCCAGAGAAAGAACACAUGGGCAAACACGAGUACUUCAUGCUGGCCACCGACAAGGCAGGCAUGAGCACCAUAGACGCCUUUGAGGUCCAUGUCAACCAUUUGUCAGUCAAUGACAAACCCUCUGUCGUUUUUGCUGCCCGUUUCCACGGUGAACCCAAGACACUGACCAACGACGUCCACAAGAAGAUCCUCCUGACUAAGAAGUUGGCGUAUGCACUGGGCGACCGGAACACCAGCACAGUGACCCUGCGGAGUAUCACCAAGGGCUCCAUUGUGGUGGAGUGGACCAACAACAGCCUCCAGCAGAGCCCCUGUCCCAAGGACCAGAUCACCGUCCUCAGCAGAAAGAUCUCCGACCCCCAGGGCAGGCCCACUCUGGCGUUCUCCAAUGCCAUGGAGCCAGACUUCAAACCCAUCAACAUCUCAGUUCGCGGCACCAACAAGUGCCAUACCUACACGUUUGUGCCCCCAGGAGAAGUGAUCAUCCUUGUUCCCCCUCCAGCCACUCCUUCCCCUGGCACGGGUCGUAGCACCAGUGACGAUGUCUACCUGCACACGGUCAUCCCGGCUGUGGUGGUGGCGGCACUACUGCUGAUCGCCGGCGUCAUCUCAAUGGUCUGCUACCGCAAGAAGCGCAAGGGCAAGAUGACCAUUGAGGAGCAGGCCACCUUCAUCAAGAAAGGCGUGCCCAUAAUCUUUGCAGAUGAGUUAGACGACUCCAAGUCCCCCCCGUCCUCCAGUAUUCCCCUAAUCCUGCAGGAGGAGAAGCCGCCCCUGCCCCCUCCGGAGUACCCCAACAUGGCUGGCCCUCACAGCACCCUGCUCAACCAGGAUCUCCUGGAGGAGUACUCCAUCUACCAGGAUGAGGACCCCAACGCACCCCCCUAUCAGCCCCCUCCACCCUUCACUGUUCCCAUUGAGGGGAAAGGGUCCCGCCCCAAGAACAUGACAUCAUACAGGUCGCCACCUCCCUACGUGCCUCCCUAA